AUGGGGUGCAAGGCCAGUUUUAAUGCGAAGUUAGUUAAUACAAAAUGGUGUGUAACUAGUGCACGUGUUGAGCAUAAUCAUCAUUUAAGCCCACGUCAAGUGAGACUUUUUAGAUGCAAUAAGAAUUUGGAUCUUGUUGCGAAGAGUAAGCUUGAGAUAAAUGAUAAAGCCAGAAUAAGAAUAAAUAAGAAUUAUAACUCACUAGCUAUUGAAGCGAGGGGGUAUGAGAAUCUUGUAUAUGGAGAAAAAGAUUGUCAUAAUUUUAUUGCCAAGUCAAGACAUCUACGCCUAGGCAUAGGAGGUGCUGAAGCACUUCAUGGCUAUUUCAGCAAAAUGCAAGAAUUAAACGAUGGUUUCUACUUUGAGAUGGAUUUGGAUGAUGAGUAUAGGUUGAGAAAUGUGUUUUGGGCUGAUGCACAAAUUAGGGCAUCGUAUGAAGAUUUUGGGGAUGUCAUUACAUUUGACACAACUUAUUUGACUAAUAUGUACGAAAUGUCAUUUGCUCUUUUUGUGAAAGUAAAUCAUCAUGGGCAAUCAAUACUCUUUAGGGUAACAUGA